GGGGGGGGGGGGGGGGUGCAUACGCAGCGGCGCAGGCUAGUGGAGCCGUGGUUCAGAGCAUGUCAGACGCGGCGGUGGCCGCACUGUCGCAGUCGACCAAUUGGGUCGAGAAGCGCACAGCCGACGACGUUCCGUACUACUUCGAGCCAUCCAGCGAGACUGUCACGUGGGAAAAGCCAGACUGCCUCAAGUCGCCGGAGGAGCUCCAGAGCAACAGCGGCCCAUGGGCGUGGGUGAGUGAUGAGAAGGACGGCUGGGUGCCCGCGCGCAUCCUCAAGGAGUCGGGAGAUUCCGCCAACGUCCAGCUGCAGAACGGGUCUAAGAAGACGGUGAAGCGGUCGGCCAAGGAACCGCUUUGGCCCUUGAACCACUCGUCCCUGUCUAGGGUAGAGGAUGACCUCGUCAUGGUGGACGCGAUCAACCAGGGACUCAUGGUCCACAACCUCCGGGAGAGGUACCGCAGGGACCUGAUUUACACGUGGGUGGGGGCCAACCACUCGGUGCUGGUGUCCAUCAACCCGUUCAAGAUGCUGCCGAUCUACUCGCCGGCCACGAUCGAGGAGUACGCCAAGCCGUCGGCGUACCGGCUGGACCCUCCGCACACCUUCGCGAUCGCGAACUCGGCCUUCAUGAAGCUCACCCAGGAGAACGUCUCGCAGGCCAUCCUCAUCUCCGGCGAAUCCGGCGCGGGAAAGACGGAAGCCACGAAGCAGUGCUUCAACUUCUUGGCUGAGGUGGCGGGUUCCCAGAACGCGGUCGAGCAACGCAUCCUUCACGCCAACCCCGUGCUUGAGUCCUUCGGUAAUGCCAAGACCCUCAGGAACAACAACUCCUCCCGCUUCGGCCGGUGGACGGAGGUGCACUUCGACCCCAAGGGACAGGCGAGUUCACGUCUUGUGUGCGGGGCGAGGAUCGAGAACUACCUCCUCGAGAAACAGAGGGUCGUGGCCCAGGCGAAGGGAGAGCGAAACUUCCACAUAUUCUACCAGCUGUGCAUGAGCGAGAUCGCCGCGCACCUUGAGCUGGGGGCCCCGGAGCACUUCCGUUACCUCCGAGAGAGCGGCUGCGUGUCCGUGCCGGGGAUAAACGACCAGAAGGACUUUGUUGAGGUCGAAGAGGCGUUUACGAAGCUCGGGUUUGGGUUCGAGGAGAAGUGCUGGUGCUACGAGACCUGCGCGGCGGUGCUGCACCUGGGAAACAUCAGCUUCUCGGCCAACGGAGAAGGUUCGCAGGUGGAUCAGGCAGGUGCUCAGGCACUCCACUCCGCGGCGAGAUACCUUCGAGUCGACCCCGGGGCCUUGUCCCAGGCCCUCACCACAAGGGCCAUCAACAUCAGAGGGGAGAUCACGCUCGCUCUCAACCGGCCAGACAUGGCAUACAGCGCUGCGGACGCACUUGCGUCGGCCAUGUACGACAGCAUGUUCGACUGGCUCGUUGGGCGGGUGAACUUUGCGGUGCAGGGGGAGCACUCAAACAAGUUCAUCGGCGUGCUCGACAUCUUCGGUUUCGAGAUCUUCGUCAAGAACCACUUCGAGCAGCUGUGCAUCAACUACACCAACGAGAAGCUGCAGCAGCACUUCAACAAGCACACGUUCCAAGAAGAAGAGACGGUCUACUCGAACGAACAGAUCCGGUUCGAGCACAUCCACUUCAUCGACAACCAGCCGGUAGUCGACCUCAUCGAGAAAAGGCCAUACGGGCUGAUGCCCCUGCUCGAUGAGGAGGUCAAGAUCCCCAAGGGCUCCGACGGCGGCUGGCUCUCUAAGUGCAAGACCCACAACGCGCAGCACCCGUGCCUGCGGCCGGCGGGGUCCAACCCCAACCGCUUCGUGGUUGUGCAUUACGCCGGCGAGGUUCCGUACGAGAUCGGCGGGUUCGUGACCACCAACAAGGACGACCUGUUUAGGGACCUUUACGAUCUGGUGUCCGGGGCGCAGAGCGACGUCACGCGGUCCCUUUUCCCGCCCAAGGACAACAACCCGCGGCGUUUAACGACGCUGGGUUUCAAGUUCCGCAAGGCUCUGCUGGAUCUGAUGGAGCUCGUGGACACGUGCGAGCCGUGGUACAUCCGGUGCAUCAAGCCCAACGAUCAAAAGGCGGCCAACACAUUCAACUCAAAGAUGUGCAUCGAGCAGCUGACCUACGCAGGAGUGUUCGAGGCGGUGCAGAUCCGCAAGUCGGGGUUUCCGUUUCGGCUGCCCCACCAGCGUUUCGCGAACCGUUACCGCUGCUUGGCGUACAAGGAGACGGGCUGGGUUUCGCUGGGGACGCGGGAGCGGGACUACAAGGGCAUGUGCUCCGCGCUGUUGCGCUGCGUGAACCAGGAUUUCUCUCGGGUCCAGCUGGGCAACACGAUGGUCCUCUACAGGGCGGAGGAGCACCGCGUCCUCGAACUUCUCAGAAACCUGUGUCUCGAGAGAGUAUUGCCCGUGGCCCAAAGGAUGGCUCGGAUCCGAAUCGGCCGCACCUUCCGACGGUGCAUGGCGAACGCGAGGGCCAUCUGCGCGCAGGCGCUACGCACCUGCGCGGGAGAUGCGGCGGGAUUAGACGCCGCCAUCGCGAGGGCGGAGCAGGCGACGGCCAACGUUCGGGCGGUGUUUGCGUGGGAGCCUCCGGAGAUGCGGAGGUGCCGAGACCUCCGCUUCGCGCUGCAGGAGCGGCUGGAGUUGGAGUCCCUCCUCCAGUCCCUCGUGGCGCAAGAUCCGACGUCGUGCUACGCGCCGCUGCGCGCGGCCGUGCUGCGGUGCAACAAGAUCAGAGAUAUUCCGGGCACGCACCAGCAAAUGGCUUUGGAAAACCAGGCCCGUGCUCACCUUAUGCAGGCUGCGGCGGCCAGGCUAGACCCCAUCGCCACCGAGGCGUUGGCAAUCCUCGAGAAGAAACUCAUGGAGGACGUCAGCAACGACGCUGCUGAGGUGGAGUACGUGUCGACGGACAUCGAGGAGAUCCGUAAGGUGCUCAGCUUGCCGGAGGAAGAGUUCGUCAAACGACAGGUUGAAGUGGCGAAGGAGCUGAACGACCCGGAGCGGGUGAUCAACCGAGAGAUCAAGCUGAAGGAGCUCUACCUCGACGCGAACGGCCAGAACUUCGCGCUGUCCAAGCUCCCCGUGCUGAGAGCGCCGGAAGAGUGGGCCGCCAUGAAGAGCUUCACGGGGAAGGCCAAGAAGGCGGAGCUGGCGAGCUCUUUCCUGGAGUGGACGUCCGAUCCUAUCCACAAGUCCCUCACCGAUGUGUCGGGCCUCAAGGGGGAGGCCAAGAAGCAGUUCAAGAACAUGCUGGGCUACUGCGGGGACCGCAAGUACCAGUACCCGGACCCUCUCAUCAGAGACAUCGUGGCGAAGGGGUUGGAAAUGACAGAGCUACGAGGGGAGCUUUACGUGCAGGCGAUGAAGCAGCUGACGAAGAACGCCAACCCAGCCUCCGUGCAGCGGUAUUGGGAGGUGGUGACGAUGCUUCUCACGUGCUUCCCCCCACCCAAGGACAUGGAAAACUACGUGCACUACUUCGUGCGGUGCAACGCGCCAGAAGACACUCGCGAGAAGUUCAAGCUGGCCGUGCACAUGUCCGUGUACGACGGUGUUAAGGAAACAGCCCCGAGCGUGAAGGAAAUCCCCCCGCUGCUGUCCGGCUUCUUCGAAAGGGAGAUCAGCGCCAGGUACAACAUUGAGGAAGACGUGGUCAGCGUCAAGCCGACGCGGCCCCCGCCGUCGCGCCCGGGCUGGGCCGCCGCCGCUGCCUCGGCCGCCGCUGCCUCGGCAUCCGCCGCCCCCGCCCCCGCCACCGCUGGGAGUUCCAACGGAGGCUACGGCGGCUACGGCGGCUACUCGGCACCGCCGGCUGCUAACAGCACAGCGGCGGCGGGAGGUUACGGGGGAUACUCCGCCCCCGCGGCGCCGACGCCAUCAGCAGCUGCCGGGGGGUACGGGGGUGGGGGGUACGGGCAGCAGGCGGCGAUAACGAACGGCGGCGGGGCGGACCCCGCGAUGCCGGCCAUGCCGUCGAUGGCGGCGCCGCCGCUGCCGCCGAAGCCCAAGCCUUCCGAACCGCAAGCCAGGGUUUUGUACGACUAUGAUCCGGCGGGGCAGGAGGGGAUGGUUGCCGUUUCCGCAGGCCAGGUGGUCGGGGUAACCAACCGGGAUAACCCAGACUGGUGGAUGGCGUCAUUGGACGGCGGCGUUGAAGGAUGGGUGCCCGCGAACUACCUCGAGAUGCAAUGAUGACACGGUGCAACAAACGGAGGAGCGAUUCUCGCCUGCACGGGGUGCAAAUGGGACUUCAACGAACCAUAGUUGCUUCUUAUGUGGUUCCAGCUAUUAUUUGGACCGCGAGGCAUGUUUUUGUCUGUCGGGGGGGGGUAGGGUUGCGGUCCUUGUGAUUAGGGGGGCGGGGGGGGCAGUGUGACGGAAGCGGGGUAGAUCCGUAUUCUUUUGUUCCCUGGCAACGUUCGCCGCUGCGGAAUGGUGCUGUUCGGCUGUACCGGAGUGUAGAGUACCCGUGAUUGUUACACGUACGUACCCGCGUCAGGAUUGGUGGCAACGCUGUCGUCUCUUCUGCGUAAUGCCUGCUGUACACUCGGGUUUGUAGCCGUGGUUCGAAAGAUUGUUUCCAUUUGUGUCAGGCAUGCCUAGCCACAAAACCAUACCGCAUACCCAGCGGGUUUGUUUCAAAGAUUUACCGCAGCUCUUGUCGGUAUUGUGGUUUGUUGUUUUUUGUUUCGCUCAUUCUUGUGGUUGUUUUGCCGUGUGCUUGGUUUCAUUUUUGCCCGCUCUUCCCGGCGGUCAUGAGCUACCUACCGUGCGCGCGUGCGUGCUUGCUCAGCAAGCUGCUUUUGUCUCCGUCGUUUUUGUAGUCUCGCCGGAUUCCGGUGUGUGGUGCUCUCUCCUUUGUGGUUUUGUUUCGGUUGUACUGUUGUUGUGGAGCGUGCGGAAACGCACCUAAUUGUGGUUCUGUUUCAAUAUGUGGUCGAAAUCCCUUCUUUAAUCCUUGUUGUUCUCUUUCCCCCACAGGGUAAUGUGUGAAAAAUGCCUGGCUGGGCAUGUUUCAUCCCCUUCAUCUUGGUUACACUGACAG